CACAAAUAGUUGUUGCAAUCCCCCCCUCCCCGUAGCCAUCCGCAAGACGCGAGCGAGGAACUGCCCCAUAGGGAAUUUGGUUUCCACCACGAGAGAACCAGCAAAGCAAGCAAGCAAGCAAAGCAACACAGGCGGGCGGGCACACCGAGGCAUUCUUCGAUGAGUCUGCGGUCCCCUCCCGGGGAGUUGCAGGGGGAACCACGGGGUGGCGACCGGCGCGUCUCAUCUUGGGCACUCUUCGUCCUAUCAAUGCUCUUUUUGGGCGUCUCGAUGAGCGUGAGCAACAUUCGGCACGCAGCCCGAGCGCUGCCCGGGACACCGGCCGAGGGCUUUCGGAACGGGAUGCACGAGUCCUUUCUCGGCGACGGGUCCUCUAAGGGUUCCCCGGCAGAAGCACGGCGGGCGAGCCCCCGUGAUGGCCCUCCCGCAAGGGGCGCUCCAAAGGUGUUCCGGGCCUCCCCCCCCUCGCUUCCGCCGCUCUCGGAGGUUGUCCCCAACAGCAACAACACGGUGAUCAGCAUCGUCUCGAUGGGAAAACUCGUCGACACCUACCUCGUGGAGCGGUGCAUCCGCUCCGUCCGUAGGCGCGGCUUGUUCACCGGGACGAUCCUAGUCUUUACGGACGCCAUCGGCUACGAGCACUACCGGAAGAGCGUCCUUCCCUGGGACAGCCGGACCCUCAUCCUCCGGGGCCGCGACGAGGACAUGGCCCCGAGGACAGGGGAGGAGCCGGGCGCACCACGCAUCAAGUACCUCCAGGAGAAGAUGAUCUUCAAGCGCUUCAAGACGCAUCACUCCAAGUACCUCGAGCAAGAGUUGUCGCGUUCGCCGGUUGUGGGAACCGGGGGAUCGGAGGUCCGGUACGUCGUGUACAUCGACGCCGACAACGUGGUUGGGGCCCCGCUGGCCGGCUUCUUCGAGGGGUACGCCAAUGCCGUGGCCACCGAGUACCAGCGGGCGCUGGAGGAACACCGCGCGUGGAGGCAAAGCGCCAAUACCAACGACACACGCACAGCUACCCCCCGCGACGACGAGGACGACGACUUUGGCUUUGUGGGCAUGUUUCGGGACAAGCACCUGCGGACUAAAAUGCACAGGUCCGUUUUGCCCGUGAUCGGCGCUCCGCUUUGGGAACGACCGGGUUUUGUUGGUUCGUUUGUGCUAGUUUGGUGUUUGUUCGUUUUUGUUCGUGUUCUUUUGUGUUUUGCUUCCUUCUUCUGCGCACCGAUCGAGACUCCUACCCAAUCGAAUCCUCAUCACAAAUUUUGUUCUCGCCAACACUCGCAAUUGUGUGUUGCAGCGGGAUCAUUGUGUACGACCUCGCGUUCGAGGAUCGGUGCGUGAACGGGUGGAGGAACGAGAUGGACACGUUCCUCCACGCCAGCGACCAAACGAUCUUCCUCCGGGUCCUGGAGAACUACGACCGCUACCGGUGCAGGGCCUUUGCGCUCCCGCACGAGUACAUGGCCUUCGCCAGCAAGCGGGUCAUGACCGGCGCCAUGGAGGCCCGGCAAAACAAGAGGACGAAACCCCUGACCCUCCCCACCUUUGUCCACAUCACCAACUUUCGGGUGAGGAGGGUGAACAACGCCACGCUCCACGACGAGUUCGUCCGGUACGUCCUCGACUUGCAGGACGGCGAGGAGCUGAUGGACGGCGUCCGCUGGGAGGACGUGGUUCCCUCCGAUGCGAGACGGGCGGGCGCCACCAAGCUAUAAAGGACGGGCCUUUGAAAGUUCUCGAGCCAACAAGCAAUGACAAGCAGUAGGACGUUUGCUGCCGCCGCCAUGACGCAUCGCGAGUAUUUCCACUACCGCCAAUAUCUAGUAGUACUACUGGUUGUUAUUGAUCAGAAUCACGAAGAACUAGAAAUCUCCGUCGCGGUUGGUGCUUCAUGGCAGCAGUAUGAACCAAGGGUACUAGUCAAUCUUUUUAUUCUAUUACUAGUACUAGUAUUGGAAGAAAUUGAUGAAGGUCUGGUGCCAAUGAACGAUGAACCCAUAGUUCCAUUCCGCAAAGCAGUUGUGAUGAAGCCGGCAUACUACUACUACGUAGCAUUGAUAAUGCGUUCUGUUGUCGACAAUACCAUCACUACUAGUUGUGAGCAAGCACCGUAAAAGUGGUGAGAGAAACCACUCGUACGGUACUCGUACUACCGGUACGUACGUACUCUUACGAGUUCAUGGUUUUGAUGUCAACUCCCGGGACCGGGACCCAAUAGUGGCUCUAGAUCGGCGUGAAAAACUAGGGGGGCUAGAAUAGUCGCAAUUGGACGAAUCGAAUCUUUCACCACAGCCAAGCGAUCUUUGCCUCACCGUCCCCAUAAUAAAAAUAAUGCUCUUUU